AUGGUACUGCUGAAAGCGAUCUGCCACGCCGCUGGGCAGCUGGGGGAUCUUUGGGGGUUGGGUGAUGCUGUUCGAUGGAAACAAAUGGAGAAGGUGAAUAUCAAAGGCAGCCCGGAUCGCUUCAACUUCUACUGCCCAAUCCAUGACGCUGCCUACUUGGGGCAGAAAGAUGCAGUGCUAUGGCUGCUUCGACACAAAGCUCAAGCUGAUGCGCAGAACAAGGAUGGAUGCACACCCUUGCACUUCAUCGCACUCAUCGGAGGCCGUGGGAGUUUGAUGGAUUCCGAUGUUCAAGAAGUGGUCACGGAAUUGCUGGAGCACAAAGCCAAUUUGGACGCGCGGUCCUUCUCGGCUAAGUCACCGUAUCCAUGUGAUCCGUUCCUUCAGCAGAAGAUUCCUUUGGAGAUUGCCGCAGAGACUCAGUAUCCCAAGGAUUUGAUGUAUCUGAUGGCAGCUUCUUACCAGUCAACGAGACUGGACGUUCCGCGAGCCUUUGCGGAUAUACGACUGCUGUCAAACUGCAACAUGAAGGUUGCAGAAGUUUUUGCGCAUGAUUUGGUUGCGCGGGCGAAGAAUGAUCAGCAUAUGCGGGACAUGAUCAUUAAGGAAGCACAAAUGAGCGGAGCAGUGGAUCGCAUUGCAGCCCUGCUCUAUAUGGUGCCAAGCGCUGGAGCUGCCCUCCUGGACAUGCUGACAGUGCCACCCAUAGUACAAGAUGCUGCAAAGCAUCCCUUGCCCUCACGUGCAGCAUUACACACUGGGCCUGUCCGCUGCACCUACCAGCCCGACGUGGUAAAGCGGCGGCAAUUGACGUGGCCGCAGUGGGAGUAUGAUGCCGAUAAUCAGGUGUACAAGGAGUGGCACUCAGCCUUCGUCCCACCCCGGGUUGGUGGUGUGCGGCAAGACAACGUCUAUGAUGUAGAUGUGAAGGUGGUUUUGCUUCCAAACUUGUUGGAUGUCGACAUCUUUAUGGCGCUGACUCGUACCUGGGAGACCGACAACCACGUCUUUGCCAAGCUGCCCAUCCAGGGCGCCAUCUACUGCCUGUGGGACAAGUUGGUUUGGCCUAUCUUCGCUUCAUCAUGGCUUUUCAUGGGUGUAGAACUUGCCGUUUUGUUACGAUGGGGAUUGCAGACCAGCGAGGCCGAGAAAGCCAGCAACUCUCUGCAAAAUCUUCAUUUGUAUUGGUCGAUCCUUCUUGCAGGUGCAGAAAUCUUUGUGGCAUCCGCAUCCUGGCCAAAAAAACGCGAGAUGGAAGUGUUUGAUGCGUCUUGUCGCCUUCUGCUGGUGAUGCCUUGCGUUUGUGACUCCUUCUUCUCAAACCCUGAUCCAGUGAUGUCAGAGUGGGAGCAGGGACUUCUGGCCAUCAACACCUUCGCUCAGGGGUUUGCAGUGACCUACAUGUUGCGGCUGCUACAUCGCUUCAAAAGGAUCUUGGCUAUUUUUAAAACCUUCUUCAGCCGCACCAUUCUGGAGAUGCUCCUGAUCGCAGUCCCCUGGUCCGCCUCUUUCUCCUUCGCCUUCCUGACCUUGAUCCGAAGGGAACAUGCUGCUUGGACUGUGACCUAUCUCUAUCGAGGCCUCAUGUUUGGGGACGGCGAUGGCCUUGACCGUAUGGGUCUCAUGCUGGGAGGAAGUGAUGAGGACAACAAAGCGGCGCUAGUCCUAUUUAUGGUGUGCGGCACAAUACUGUUCAACGUCACCAUCCUAAAUUUGGUCAUUGCCAUCUAUGGCAACGAGUACGAGCAGGUCAAUGCUGAGACGGAGCUACAUUUUAUGAAAGAGCGAGCCAAAUAUUGUUUGAUCUACGUCGAAAUGUUGCACAAACAGCGCCUUUUGCACAUUGUUCAAGAAAUUGCAGAAGUGAGCAGUAUGGAGCAAGUGCCCAUGUUUACCAAACUGGUGCUGCUCCUUACGCAAUCUCUUCUCCAAAUCUUAGAGCUGCAGAAGAAACUGAUUAGUUUAUUGCAACCUCUGCGUCGGUAUCAGAUCAUCACAGCUGUCCUGUUGGUGGCGAUUGCAGCGCUACCCUGGAUUUGCAGCUUGCUGUACCGAGUGCUGAACGCGUUGCCUAUCACCAGUGCAUUCCUGCUCUCCACGGCGCAGAUUGCGUGGCAGGCCAUGUUGAUCCAAGCCGAUUGGUUUCAACCCGAUGCGCCCGAGUUGGCGCCCGGCAUUGCUGUGGCGCAGACCAACGGUGACUUGGAGGGUAUCGUCGAAGGACCUGCUGAAGGUGGCAAAUGGACGGUGAAAAGUCGAGAUGGGUUUCUUGGCCAAAUCACCAUGUUGUGUCUCAGGAACAGCAGGAUUGAGUUGAGCUUCUGCAGUUCUUCUGGAAAACAACAGGUUUGGGGAAUCUUGGGAUCCCUUCGUAAAAAGGGAAACCAUCUUCUCAUGAUGGCCUUGAAUUGCAUGAUUGGAGCACUGCAAUUUACAUUACAUGCAAUGCAGUAA